AUGGACGAUAACCUUGGUAUUGCUAUCGUUUUCCAUAUCAUCGUCGCCGUGGUGGCACUCAACCUUAUAUGUUUGUACUCAUUUCCACACCCCCCGAAGCUCUCUAUAGAGGAGUUAUCGGUUCCAGCCAUCAACACCUCGUCAAACCAGACCACUAGAAACAUAUAUUUCGACCUUAAACUCAGAAAUAUGAAUAUAGCAAUGGGUCUUUACUACGAUGACCCAUUAACCAUUGCAUUCUUUGCUUACCCAUAUGAUGAUCCCUACCAGAAAUAUGUGUGGUCAGGCACUUUCGCAGCCUUUUACCAAGGUAAUGGCAAGACUAAGCAUAUCAGAUCCCUCAAGGAGAACAACCUCCAAUUUCCAUCUACAGUGGUGAUUGACCAAGAAGAGCACACACAAGAUCUCGUAGAGACUGGUCAUGUCAGAACGCUGCUCAAGGAUCACCUCCUGCUGCCAUCCACAUUGCCAGAGACUCGUCGGGACUUGGUGGGUCCGAUACUUGUGGUGAAUAUUAGGAUCGCUGUGAUUAUUAACUAUAGAUUCAAGUACUGGGUCGGAUCAUCUAAUCAUCAACGCGAACUGGGUGGUAACGUGAUCGUUGACCUUAGUACUGGUGAGAUGAUCUCGACCGGAAGCGUUGAGUUGAAAGAAUCCGCAGCCCCCGCCGGAGGACCACUUAUGCUCGUGUUACUUUGUACUUCAUUUCUUCUUAUUAUGUGUAAUUAA